UUUCCCUGUUCUCAUUUUCACCCAAUAAUCUCUCUCUCUCUCUCUCUCCCCAAUAUUUUCCAUUUCCUCAAAAAUCAAAAACUCAGUUCGAAAAUUUUCGAAUUUGCUGAACCCCCCCAAAAAAAAAACCAGAAAAUCAAGGAAGUGCAAUAUUUUCUGAGCAAAGCCAAAAUAAUAUUUGGGUUUACAGUGAGUGCGCGAGAAAAUUAGGGUUUCUGUGUGGUUGGGUCAAAAUCGGUGAUGCUUCGCGAGACUGUUCGAUUCGAUACGUAUUGGAUUUGGAGGAGCCAGAGUAGCUGAUUGAUUGAAACUAGGGUUUCGGAUUCUGAGUAUGGCCGAAGCUCGUGGUGGCCGAGUCACCAUCACUCUUGGGCGUAGUGGCCAGGUAGUAAAGCGGGCUACUCAAUUAUCGGGUGUUUCGAAUGCUGAUUCUGUGGCCGCGGCUGGGGCUAAGCGGUCUGUGAGAGAUAGAUUAGGAAGUAAUGCAGAUAGUUCUGUGUCACAUCGAAGUGAACUUAACAACAAACGACAACGAUCAGAUAUUAGUUCACCAAGUUUAAGUGCUAAUGGUUCGAAUGGUAAUGUGCGCAUUGGUAGAGAUGACCUCCGAUAUAAACUCAUGCAAAAAAAUGCAUUUAGACGAGUUCAGAGUGAUGAUGAUCAGAACCGUGGUGACCUUCGCGAGAAGCUGUCAAAGGCAGUUCGACCCCCAGCACCUAUUGUUGAUUCAAGGCAGCGCCUGCCUGAACCAAAAGACACGGGUUUCUUGGGGCGAAUUCCCCCUACAAGAAGUGCAGAUGAUUUGCCUCGGAUGGACUCAGUGAGAAGUUCUUAUUCUACUUGGACGUUGGAUCAUUUAAGACGAAGAUCGCCUGAUAGAGUUGUUGGUAUGGGUGCUUCUAGGGACCACUCCCCGCCUAGGAACAUGGAAGAACAACAUAGAAGGCCAUUGAACAGGACACAUGAUUCAAGAUCAGUUCCAUAUAUGAGCAAAGAAGUUUUUGAUACUUCAGGACCUAUGAGUACCACACCUUUCAUGGCAAAACCUGCAGUACCUCCAAUACCUGCCAAGCCUGUGCCACCUCCUCUCGGACAGCUUCCUCCACCACAUCCACCACUAACCAGCCUUGCACAAAAGAGUUCGUAUAUGGGUGAUGAACAGCAGCAAACUGUUGAUGGCUUGUUACAGUCACUGGGAUUGGGAAAAUAUGUCAUUCUUUUCAAGGCUGAGGAAGUGGAUAUGACUGCAUUGAAGCAGAUGGGGGAACAUGACCUCAAAGAACUGGGGAUCCCUAUGGGGCCUAGAAAAAAGAUUCUCCUUGCUCUUGCACCUCGAUCUAAACGGCAACCAUGACAGUGAGUGUUUCAAAGCAAAAUUGAUUGGAAUCCUCUGUUCGUUUUUGCAAUGGGGAGCAAUUAUCAAGAGUAUUUUACAUGAAAUGAAUAUUGUGUACCUACUCAAAUUGGGUGUGAAAGCGGCCUAUGAAUCAGGUCUCACAUUUUUGCAUGGAAAGAAUUCCUCUGUGAAAUGAUAUUAAUAGAUCUUGCAGAAAAUUUAAGAUGCAGUUUUGUUUUUUUGUUUACCAUUUUUAUUAAUUGCGUUUGGUUUC